AUGCUCAAACGUGACAGAGACCACAGACACCACCGACCCCCAACACCCUCAAACCCCCCACUGACCGCCAACACCCCCUGCUCCUGUCCCAAAGCUGCAAAAAGAAACUUCAGGGCAGUGGCACAAGUCCCGACAGAGGAAAGCUGUAGUGCCCUGAUCAGACUACAGCGGAGCGGAACAGGUCGCACACGGGAAGUCGUGCCCCGGUCUUCUUCAGACAUGAUUAUCGUUAGCAAUGACACAAGAAAAGAGACAGGCGCUGUGGUGAGAGCGCAGAUAGAAGCUUCUUUGUGGCUGGCCCCGCGCUGGCUGCCAGCUGGCCUCCUCGGUGCCAGCCCCGUCACUCAGCUCCAGUGUGCGGGGCUUCGGUCACACUCCAGCGGCCCCGAUAACGGCAUGAAAGCAAACACGCAUUCCAUCGCUCCCACAGACGCAUUCCUCAGAUUUUCUACAAAACAUUUGGUCACAACCACACAGAAGCAGGAGCUGGAGAAGACCAGCGUUUAA